GACUCUUUUGUUUAUUGCGUUUAAUAACGUUUCAUGUAAAAAUAGUGUUUAAACAGUGAUUUUUAAUUUACCAGAAGUCCCAGUAACAAAAACCAAAAAUGAAUGAAGUAACACUGCCUCCAUCGCCAAAUUGGUACCUGAGUAGCGUGAUGUCUUGCUCGAAAAAUGGAACUGUUGCUUGGGGUUCGAGACACUCGAUUGUGAUUGGCCAUCCGAAAGAAAACAGCAAAAUUCUCGACUAUUCCUAUAUUUUAAAUGCCCACACCGACAGAGUUACGGCUGUCGUUCUUUCUCCUGAAUUCGAAAAACCGGAAAAGCGCCUUCUAGUUUCUGCUGGAGACGAGCACGUCGUUAAAAUUUGGAAUGUCGACACGCUCGCGACAACUUUGACGAAUUCUAUUUUAGACGCAAAACAAAAAGUAAUCGGACUCGAUUGGUCGAAAUGCGAUCCAAAUUUGAUUUGCUACGUGAGUUCCGAAGGCUUCCUCGUCACCUGGAACAUCGCCUUCGACACGAACCAGAUAAUCACCCCGGCCAAAUUAUCGGCAACGUGUAUCGCCUGCUGUCCCCACGAAUCGAAUCUCGUGGCUUUAGGCUCGAAAAAAGGACAGGUUCUGAUCAUUAAUACCCAGGGAUCAGGCAGUGUCGUUUACAAUUUAAGGGGCCACGAUGUCGAAAUUGUUAGUUUGUCCUGGUGUCCGGUCAGUUCCAACAUCAUCGUGGGAAAUGGCGCCAGGGAUUUGCUUCUCGCCUCGGGAGGAAAAGACAGGUCAGUAUUUUUUUGGAGAGCCGGAGGCGAUGGAAGAUACCAGUCCCAAAUAUUUCUUCCUCCAAGUCCAUUGGAUACACAAAAGCACAGAUCAAAACUCGGCGGCGGUUCUUUUAAUUGGACGACCGUUUGCUGGGCAGAACCGAAACUCCUGCUGAUGAGUUCUUCCUUCGGAGAAUUAAUUUCCUGGGAUUUGACGAAAGUCAGCGGAAAAAACAAGCCAGUUUAUAAACUAAUUCACGCCUGUCAUAAUCGAGGAUUGUUCAGUAUUGCGACUUAUACUCAAAUUGAAGACAAAAAUGAGCAGACGAACUGGAGGGAAAAGAUUGCGAGACGAAUUUGGACGUUGGGGCAAGAUCGUCAGGUAAUUUGUUGCGACUUGCUGGAGGACAGAGCCACCAUCGAAUAUCGAAUUCCAACUCAGGGAGGAUUUGUUUAUUGUCUUGCUGCCUGUCCUCUCGACACGACUCAAAUUGCCUUUGGUGCCGGGGAUGCGAUGCUCAGGCUUUGGAAUUUGUCAGAACCGCACGAGUCCCUUUUUGAAAUUGCAACGCUCUGGCAGAAAAUUAUGGGAAAAGUUAGAGCUAUGUCGUGGCACCCCGAGAAGGAAAAUCUUCUCGCUUUCGGAACGGGAGAAGGUCGGAUUGGAGUUUACGAUACAAAUGCAACAAGACCGCCUCUUUUAUACAGACAAUAUCACCGAAAUGUUGUCUAUUCUCUACACUGGGGACCUGCACCAAAUAUUAAAUUAUACGCCUUAUAUUCCUGUGCAGACGGCGAAUUAGUUUUUUACAAUCCAGAGAAGUCAGAUGAGGAACCGAAAUCAGUGAUAAAGAAAGAGUGUACGGAAUUUUCCUGGAAGCCGGAUUACUCAUACAUGGCUGUGGGUUUCGAGCACGGAAAAAUUUCCUUCUUCGAUCGAAAUCUGAAGGAACUCGAGGGCUCGAUUUACAAUCCCUUGAGAACGGCCGUUCACUGUUUGGUCUGGCAUCCAGAAAGUACAGCGACCGACUUGUCGAUGUCGCCUUUGCAAAAUUAUUUAGCAGUCGCUUUUAAUAGUGCCGUAAUUACCGUUUUCGAUAUCUGCGAUUUAAAAUCGAAUCCCGAAGCCAAGGAAAAUGGAGAAGUUGUCCCAGAUUUUUCUAAUCAAGAGGCGAAAGAGCCUGCUGCGGCUUUUUACAGAACGGUUGCCACUUUAUCGGGACAUUCGGAAAGGGUGGUUUCUCUCGCCUGGAGUCCUCAUCAGAGUGGAUAUUUGGUUUCCGGAAGUUACGAUAAUACUGUUCAAAUAUGGAAAGUGGAGUCUCAGGAAUUGUUGGGAACAUUCACAGGACAUUCGGGUCCAGUUUUCUGUUGCAUGUGGAGUCCUUUGGAUCCCGAUUUUAUUAUAACUGGCUCGGCAGAUUUUACCGUAAAAAUUUGGAAACUCUCCGAUCACGAGGCAGUGAUGCCAACAAUUUCAAAAAAGGUCCGAACGAAAAAGAAGAAACACCAGAUUGAAAAAUCGUCGAAAGCCGAAGGCGAGGAGGAGGCAACGGCGGCUUUGAAAGUGAAACAAAGCGAUUCUCAAAAUUCGAUUCACGAGAAGAAAACUGCCACGAAAAAAGACUUGAAGAAAAAAAUCACCACUUUUCCGGUUUAUAACAAGACUUUGAACAAUAAAACAGCAAUUCUCUCUUCUGUGAGGACACUUUUGAAAAGUAUUAAAAGCGAAAAUGAUCCUGAGAUGGAAGAAGUGAAAGAUAAUGAUGAGGAAAAGGAUAUUACGGAAGAGGAAUGCGUGCCUUCUAUUUUUGCGGGGAAGGAAAGUGUUUUGAAAAUUAUCGAUUCAGAAAAAACUGUUUUAAAUUCGUUAGGACAAUACAACUAUAUCUUGGAAUUUGAUGUCUGGAGUAAUAAUCUCCAGCAACAUUUGCAGGAUGCAGUGAAAGGAAAACGCUUGACUGAAUAUCUUGUUUCUCUCGCACCUUCUUUAUCGAUGAAAACCUGGCAGGAAACGUGCGAGGCCUACGCGAUGCAAUUGUUAUCCGAGGGCCACAUAAACAAAGCCGUUUGCUAUCUUCUCAGAAUUCACAGAAAUCACCAAGCCGUUGGGAUUUUUUUGGACGCUAAAAUGUUCAAAGAAGCUUUAGCUCUCGCGACAUUAAAACUCGAUCCCGAAGACCCGGUUGUAGAAAAUAUUUUGAGGGAUUGGGCAAGUACGGCGACGAAGGAAGGAUUCUUCGAAGAAGCUGUUCAAUGUCACUUAAAAUUGAAGAAUUUCACGAAAGCUGCGCAAUUAUUAGCUCGGCGAAAAGACGUUCAUUGUCUCGAUUUAGCUGCCGAAUUGGCAGAAACUGGCGAUGAUCUUGAGCUAAGUGAUUCUCUGGCAGAGCAAGCAAUAAACGAAUCGCUUUUAGUUUCUGAUUUCAAAAUAGCUAACAAAAUAAUCGAUAGAAACCCUCGAAUUCGGUACAGAAAAAUCCAGGUCGCUGCGUUCGAAGAAAUUAAAAAGGCCAUGGAAAAUACGGAUUCUAAAAAAAUUAACGAUUGGUUUCAAGGGAAAUCGACGCUUGGGAUUCUGGAGAAUUUGAAAAGUAUUUACAAAGAUUCCGGAUUUUAUUCCGAACUCGCAAAAGCGGUUUCUUGCUUGCCUCCAAAAGCUGAAGCUGAGCUCUGGAUUAAUGUCAGUUAUCAGAUUUCAAUGGCCGUAAUUUCGGAAAAUGAGAGCCAAUUUUUGAAACACAUUCUCACUUCCGUGGGAAUGAUUUACAAUUUUGAAAAAUCUCAAGAUCGAGCCGAGAGUUCGGAACGAUUUUUGAUAAAGUUUCUGUCAAUUUUGGAUGCGAAAAAUCCCUCGAGUGAGGAGAGUUUUUUUUCCAAAGAGAAUAAAAGGGCAAAAGCUUUGAGAGCUUAUUUAUGUUAUGGAUUAUUGAAUUGGUGCUCUGAGGAAAUUUCGAAGAAAUUGGAUUUGGAAAAUAAUGAAUUUAUGGUUGAUAUGAUCGAGAAAUAUAUUCCGGACCUUUUGGAUAGAGAAACUGUGAAACAUUGGACUGCAAUCAACGAAAUUAGCAAAGUCGAAGCUUCUCUCGCCUUCAGUAUUGGAAAAUCCCAAACUCCCGAAGAUGAGAAUUUGGAUACAGCCUUAAAUGUCGAGCAACUCGACCGACUUCGUUUCGAAAGCAAACAAUUUCUGGAAAAUAGAGUCUCGACACCAAAUUCAUUGGAGGCUUUUGCCAUUUCGUUGGAAUUAAUUGAUCAAAUUUCCAACGAAAAUUUGAAAACAAGGUUGCAAAAAUUAAUAGAUGAUGCGUGGACGAAGGCUACGAAUUAAUUUGUAAAUAAAUUGUCAUUUGGAUCCAUUUGUCGUUUUCCAAAAGCAUCAAUUAAAGUACUUUCAAUCCUUCGUCUUUCAUACGUUGGUAUAUCGUUAAUUAUUAAGUAUUACUAAUUAUUAAUCAUUUUACCAUUUAAUUGAUAAUUAUAAAAUUGUAAUGAAAUCAUUUUCAUGUGAUGGGUAUUU